GCUUUUCCCCGAGCUUCGUGCAGGCAGCUUACAGUUGGUCUGUACUGUACCUCGGGCAGCACUCCGCACCGAGUCCGCCCAUUCAACCUCGACUACGUUUACAUGCACGUCUCGCUGCGCUGUUGAGAAUGCUUCACUUGAAGUGUGCACAGCAGAGAUGACUGCGAUUCUGGUGUCUUCCGCUUUCAAGCGGACUACUUCACGACUUUCAUCAACCACGAGGCACUUUUCUUGCUCAGCAAGCAGAGAUGCAUCAUGGGGCUUUAUUGGCUUGGGUGCCAUGGGAUAUCCCAUGGCAAAGAAUCUCCGAGCAAAGAUGCCAGAAGGUGACACCCUGACGGUGUUCGACGUCAACCAAACCUCGCUAGACAGAUUCUCACAAGAAGCGGUGCCAAGUGGGAUUACUAUCGCAAAGAGUCCCAGAGAAGUGGUCGAAAAUGCUGACACAAUCGUCUCUGCCUUGCCAGAACCUCGACACGUGAAGGGGGUUUUCGAGGAAGUGCUAGCGUCAGCUUUGCCUGCUGCUCCUACACAGAGCUCAAGACUCUUCGUGGAUUGCUCAACUAUCGACCCCACUACCUCGCGAGCGGUUGCGAAAAUGGUACAAGACAAGGCCGGAGCCAAAUUUGUGGACGCCCCAAUGUCAGGCGGUGUAGUUGGAGCUAGAGCUGGCACCCUGACCUUCAUGGUCGGAGCAGAAAAGGAGGACAUGCCCAAGAUAACAGAAGUGUUACUUCUCAUGGGAAGGAAGGUUUGGCACAUGGGACCUCAAGGCACUGGCCUCAGCGGCAAGUUGGCCAAUAACUACGCACUGGCUAUCAACAACAUUGCUUGUGCCGAAGCAAUGAACCUAGGAUUGAAGUGGGGUAUUGAAGGCAAGGCACUGGCCGAUCUGCUGAACUCAGCAACAGGGAGAAGUUGGCCGAGUGAGAUCAACAAUCCAGUACCUGGUGUGAUUGAGACGGCCCCCGCCAGCAAGGAGUACGAAGGAGGCUUUGGAGUCAGCCUGAUGAACAAGGAUUUGCGGCUUGCUAUUUCAGCAGCAUCAGAAGCUGGCGCUAAACUGGUGCUCGCUAAGACGGCUAAGGAUGUAUAUGAUGAGACCGAGAAAGCGUACAAGGGAAAGGAUUUCUCAGUCGUAUACCGAUGGCUUGGUGGGAAGGAAUAAUCAUAGAGAAAAUAUGAAAACCACUACUACGUACUCGUAUGUCAAUGAUAUCGAUGCC